AAUAUGAUUUAAACUAUUAUUUAUAAUGAUAUUUUUAUAUUAUUAUUAAACAAAUAAUAGUAAAUUGCGCCUAAUAAAUAGUAUGAGUAGAUCUAGGACCGAUGUACAUACAAGUAAAGGAAACGAACAAAACUCUUCUUAGAAAUGGCGAUGAAGAUUGGGAGGAGAUUUCAAGGCAAAGUCGCUAUUGUCACGGCUUCCACUCAAGGUAUUGGCCUCGCCAUCGCCGAGCGUCUCGGCUUGGAAGGUGCCUCCAUUGUCAUCUCUUCUCGAAAACAGAAAAAUGUGGAUGAGGCAGUUGAAAAGCUUAAGAACAAAGGAAUUCGAGUGUUGGGAGUGGUUUGUCAUGUCUCAAAUCCACAACAAAGGAAACAUCUUAUCCAAAAGACUGUUGAGGAAUAUGGAAAAAUCGAUGUGUUUGUAUCAAAUGCCGCAGUAAAUCCAACUGUAGAUCCCGUGUUGCAAACUCAAGAAUCUAUUCUUGACAAGCUAUGGGAAAUAAACGUCAAAGCAACUGUACUUCUUCUACAGGAGGCAGCUCCUCACUUGCAGAAGGGUUCAUCAGUUGUUCUUAUAUCCUCAAUUGCUGGCUUUAAUCCGCAGGGUGCUAUGGCUAUGUAUGGGGUAACCAAGACAGCCCUUCUUGGAUUGACCAAGGCCCUUGCAGCGGAGAUGGCCCCUGAUACUCGUGUAAAUUGUGUUGCUCCUGGUUUUGUUCCAACCCACUUUGCAGAAUACAUCACAAAAGAUGAGGCGGUGAGGAAGAUUGCUGAGGAAAAGACCUUACUUCAAAGGCUUGGAACCCCAGAAGACAUGGCUGCUGCAAGUGCUUUCUUGGCCUCUGAUGAUGCUUGUUAUAUUACUGGAGAAACUCUGGUGGUGGCAGGGGGAAUGCCCUCUAGACUUUAGUAUACCUUACCUUGCCAUAAUUCCUUGACUUUCUCCUUUUUAUAAGAAAUAUAAGUAAUGUUAAUAAAGAUCUAUCUUGUCUUUUUGAUACAUGUACUUGGUUCGCUAUUUUCUAUAACCAGAACCGAUUGUUGCUGUCUUUAAUGGAACAACUUUGAGGCAGAUCGAUUAAUUCA